AUUAUGAGAAAAUGUUCAUUUUUGUGCUCUUUUUCUAAAUCAAGGAGAAUAUCUAAAACCAAAAGAAAACUUUUUCAACAUCCGGAACUUUGCGGAGUUUAAUUACAGUCACCUGACAGACCAGGUGACCGUCACGUGACCAGGACAGCAGACUCUUGCCAGCUGUAACUUUCUUGUGUCGACUCAAAGAAGUGAAUUAAAAUGCGUGGGCUGAUCUGUGGACCCAAACAGGCGGCCUGUGGGCUGGUUCUGAGUGUGUGGGGGGUCAUCAUGCUGGUGAGUCAGACUUUAAAACAGUUUAUUUGAAGGUUCGGUGGAUCGAGACGGAAGUUUUAUGAGCCCAGACUCAGACUUUCCUCUAGGACUCCCACAGUCCGAGGAGGAAAAAUGGGACCCUUAGAUUUUACUGUUUAAACCGUGUAGAGAUGAUUAAAAUGGUUCCGUUUAAUAAUGAGAAAAGUCAGGUUAAUCAUUUUGAUUAUGAGAAAACACUGAAUUCAGUUUAAUAAUGACAGAAGCUAGUUAAAUUAGUCUAGUAAUGAGGAAACUGUGAAAAACAAAAACAACAAACUAAAAGGACAAAGUUUCCUUAAACUUUACUUCACUUCAGUUUUAAAUGGUUCAACUUUAACUAAACUUAAGCAGCUAAAACCUGUUUUUAAAUGUAGAUUUAUUUUAUAAGGUUUUUAAAAAGCUGACAAUGUCUGAUCUGUUUCUGAAGUUUUACAGGUUACUGCUGCACAAAACCAAUUAAGUGUAUAAAUAUUUAUUUCUAUAGAGCAGAUCCUUCUUUCAGUACAAUGUCAGGAGAAUUUACACAAAUUCAUGGAGUAAUUUUAAGGUUUAACCAAUUACAGAUUGUUAAGAUAGGGUUAAUGUAAACCAAAGCUGUUUUAAUAUUUCUAAAACUAAGUAAAAGACUUUAACUGACGUCAUUGAUGGCCAUGGGAAAUCUUUUUGUGCUGUAGGUUUAAAAUUUUAGAGAACUGUUCAAUUUUUAUGAGUCUGCUGAUUUUUUCCAAGAUAUAAAGAUAAGAAUGUUAAUUUAAGUUGAUUCCUUAAGUUACAGAGUGAGUACAACACAGUCUCAGAUAAUCAUUAAACACAGAUUAAAUCAGAGUCCUCAGUAUCUGCAGUCUCAGUUAUUUACAGUCAUGAUGACUUUUUUCACUCCACCUUUACCUGAAUUUCCCUCUCUCUCUUCUCUUCUCCUCUCCCUCCUCUUCCUCAGUCUGUUUUAGGAAUCUUCUUUUUAUUACACUCGGCCGUGCUGAUUGAAGACGUCCCGUUUUCAGAGGAAGACACCUUCCAGGAGUAAGAGCUUCAUUUAGAUGUUCUCUGCAGAUCAGGACCAUUUGAUAAACACUGAUUUCAUACAGACACAUUUACUGCAGUUUGAGAAAAUACAGGAAAUUUAACCUCAUAGUUGUGCUCAGUGUUAAAGGCCGAGAAACACAAAUAAGAAUCAGCAAUCAUUGUUUGUGACUUUAGACAAACUUUUUUUCCAACAAGCAUGAACAUCUCACCCAGAUCGCCAUCCAACUGGUCAAACAUGCUUACUCACUGAUUUCAUGAAUAAUUAUUUCUCCGUUUCUUCAGUACCAACCCUCCGCAGAAGCUCUACGACCUCUACGAUAAAGUCGGCUAUAACUGCAUCAUCGCAGCCGCCGUCUACGCCUUCUUUGGUGCUUUUUCAUGCUGCCAGAUGAGACUCAACAAACAGAAGGUCUGUUAGAGCCAUUAAACCUCUUUAUUCUUAUUAUGAUUAAUUCAUUUUUCAGUGAAUCAGGAACCGGAGCUGAUCUCUGAGACCAUUUAAAUCUGAGUGUGAGAUUGAAAUUGUGGAUUUAUGGAAACAGAGUGGAGAUUUCUGAGAGAAAUCGCUCAAAUGAAAAUGUUGUUCAAUUUAAAUCUGAAUUGUUUUAAAGACUCACAGUUAAAGUCUUGUUGGUGUGCACUGUGAUAAUGAUUGUUGAAGCUCACCUAGAAGGUCUCCUCUUGUUUUGCAGGAUUACCUGGUGCAUUAGUACCCCUGCUGGACUAAGACAUGGACUGAAUUCUCCAAGUCAUUUCAGAGUCUGAUCACCGUGUGAGCAGAUUAAUGGAUUAAGAGAUUAUUUUAUAAGAAAGCUGCUGGAAUAAAAACUUGAUCAUGUUGGUUAAAUUAUCAGAAAUGAUUCAGUCUUUACUUUGCUCAUAAAAAAAGAAUAUUUCUGAUUAUGAAUUUAUUUCAGAUUAACUGAAUCAUUUGCUGUUUUCUGAUGUUUGUCUCUAACUUAAUUUAAUUUCAUGUUCAACAUUAAAAACACAAUAAACUCUGAACUGUUUUGGAUUAUUUAUUAACAAAAACUGAAGUUUAAGAAACAAAAAAUACAUUUAUUUACAGUUUACUCAUCAACCUCAAACUCACCUGACUCGGUUUUCACCUCACUCAAUGUUGAUACAUAAAAAAGUCCUGAAUAUGAGCUCGAAAGGAAAGAAAGAACUUCACUAAAUUAUCUCAGAUUUAAUCCAUCACUCUAUUGAAUCUAUCAUCGUUAAAAGAUGGAUUAUAACCCAGUUAAUCUGUUUAUUCAAGACUCUGCAGUAUGUUUUUAUCAGCACUGACUGAAUAUGUUUGCACACUCACUCUGAAUCACACAAACACACACACACACACUCUGAAUGACAUAUAGCUCCAGCUGAUCCUGAAGGAAACAUCUACGGUCAAAACAGCUCAAAGUCAAAGGAAUGCAAAUAAAUCAGAGUUACACAGAAAAGUUCAGUUUGCUUCAUCGAGAUUAUAAUCUGAUUUAGAUUUGAAAUGAGUGUGUGUGUGUGUGUGUUCAUAUGGUGAUGCUGUUCUCGAUGUUGCUAGGCAGCAGGUACAGAUACUUUAGCUCCUCCCCCUCGUUCUCACUCAGGAUGUGCUCCUCGAUCUCCUUCAGCUCUGCCCUGAACCUGUCAAUCAAAUCCUGAACCCGCCCCUCAGUGAAGUACUCCUCAGUGUACUGACCCAGAGGGAUCUGCGGGAGGAAGAGGAAGGGGACAGGAAAGUGAGGAGACAUCAGGAAACGAUGUGUUAGAUGGGGAUCAGACAGACCGCAGACUCACAGCAUCUGGCUGGGCUCGGCCCAGGUGCCAGGUGAUCGCCAUUUGCACGCAGGACUGGCUCACGUCAGGGAGGGUGUCCAUGACCAUCUCCAUGGUAACAGCAUCCUUGUCUGUUGGUGGGGGAUGUCUCAUGGUGCAGGGGGUGUUGGGGACCCAGGCGCACCAGUCAAACUUUAGGAACAACAACAAACACCUUCACCUGUUUCAGAUUCUCUUCAAAAUAAAAGUCUCCCUCUCAGCCAGACUGUCAAAAUAAAGGCUCAGGUCAUAGGUGGGAAAUAAAGCACUGUGUUUGAAGCAGGUAUGUGAAGGUGUGUGUGCUCACCUGCCCGUUGUUGGUAGCGGCGUGUUGAGCCGUGCUGGUGAAGAUGAUGACUGACAGCAGCGUGCAGAGCUCGUCCCGGGUGCUCAGUUUACUGCUCAGACCUGAACCCAACAAAAGCCGUUACAAACACAGAUCCACUAUCAAAGAGUCUACAGAAAAGGCACAAGGACCAAAACCAAGAGUGGAUGGUCCUGUUUUUCAGACCCUCAAGCAGCACUGCAUUAAAAACCGACAGGACUCUGGAGUGGAAAUCACUGCAUGAACUCAGAAUCACUUUAAAAACCUUUGUCUAUGAACAAAGUCAUCACUGCAUCCACAAAUGAUGUUUAGACUGAACCAUAAAAGAGGAAACCAGACAGAAACAGGAUCCAGAAACACAAACACUCUUUUUGGAAGUCAUGGACGACACAGCUUCCCCUCUAAAGAGGAGAGUCUCCUGGGUUAACCAAGGUCUACAAAGAGCUGAAAGAAGAGCUGAGGACACACGAUGAGAAACAAGAACCUGGAACUACUUUCUGUAAACAUCGGAUUUAAACUGAGCAGAUAGUGUUUUUACAAGACUCAUUGCUUUAUUUUAUUGAAUGUCCCUUCAGAAAUAAAUAAAGUUAAAGUUAUUCUUAUUGUUUUCUGUUUCCUGGUCUUAAUUUUUCUUCUGCCCCUCUCACAGCAGCAUCUGAGCAUGGAGGAAUCAGAGUUCAUGAGUCAGUCUGGUAUAAACCUGCAGAGUAAAUAUUCUAGGGGUGGGAGGAAAAACCAAUUCACAUAAGUAUCGCGAUUUUUGUUUUACAAUUUUAAAAUCGAUUUUUAUGUUCAGAGAUACUUUUUUUUUUUUUAAAUUUAAGAAUAAAUCUUAAAAACUGACUUAAGGUCCUUUCACACUGGGACCGUUUUUUUUGCGCGAUUAUUUCGGAUGUCAAUAUUUUUUCUCGAAGCUAUAUCCUGUCAAUACAAGCGUUCACAUCAGCGAAGUUUUCCCAUCCUGCGAUAUUGCGUUUUGUUUUGUUUUCGGAUCACGGUCAACUUUUCUUAAGUUUCGCAUACUGUGUGUCCACUUCUGACCAAUCAGAAUGCGUGUUGUUGCGGCAUCUUAUUCACCGGUAUAUUCAACAUGGCUGACCGGCUGAUUGUUUACGUGUCAGAGAACAGAGUAGAAUAUUCAGCCUUUUACCCCACGAGCUUCUGCAGAGUGUUAUAAAUCUGAACUUUUCCUCCUGAGGAGAUCAUAUGAUGAAAUAUGAACGCUGAGAUGGUUUGGAUCAGUGGAGCGUCUUGAAGGACACACUUCCCUAACAGAUCUACACCUGAGCUUCACACCUAUACCUGUGAACUACUACCUCUGAGGAUGAUUGAGAACUGACCAAAUUUUGGGAGUGCUGCGAAUCCCUCCUGUGUGACGUCUCUGAUCCAGGCUUGAAGCUCCAGGUCCUCCUGAACAUCCUUAUCUAACAGGUAGAACAGGUGGACCACACUAGAGACGAACCUGUGGACCACAGACAGACAGAGACAGGACAGAAUGAAAACCUCAGUGUCCCUCUGCCUGUUGACACUGUGGUAAAAUCUUUGGUGUGUGUGUACCUGUGGAUGGCGUCCCACAGCAGCAUUGUGUGUUCUCUGUAGUGAUAUUUGUCCAGCUGUGUGACUCCUCUGUCUAUAAAGUCGUACUGAGGCUGCAGCGAGCGAUACGUCAGAACCUUAUACUCCCUCUGAGCCAGAACCACCAGACCGUCCCCACCUGUGGACACCACCUGAGAUGACACAUACACAGAGUGUCAUAGAGUGCACACAGUGAGAGGAAGCAGAGUUACAGUGGUGUGUGGAACUGACCCGUUUGAAGAUGCCGUUGGCAGAGAUGAGCUGAGUGCGCCCCCUACAGUUUAUCUCUAAGGUGUAGCGCAGAUGAGGAGCCAGCAGCUGAAACAGAAGGACAGAAAAAAAGGGUUGAAGGAACGUCGGUGAUGAUGCUGCAUUCGAGUGUCUGUUGGAUGUGGUGAUACCUUCACUGACCCGGGUAUUUAGGAUUUCUCUGCUGUAGAGUUUAAACAUCAUGUUCAUGAAAACAGUUUCAAGGUCAUGCUCAGAGGUCAUUUAAAGAACUGAAGUUUCUGUUGUCUGUCAAUCUAAACACUUUAUUAUGAGGCUGGAUGGGGACUGACUCACUGCAGCCUCUAGUGGACAUUCAGGGUACUGCUGUUGCUCUCUGUUGGCGUUAACUCACCUUGAAUAUAGGGUGAACAGCAGGCAGCUGCCUCAGAGUGGCCACACAAAACACCUCAAUGACCAGGUGAGUCCUCAAUAAGUGAGACAGCAGCUGGAACACCUGGAACUCUGAGUGGCGCACCCACAUCUUAGCCAGCAGCCAGGAGAGGGGCGGGUCCUUGGGCAGAAAAAUGGGCGUGUCCAAACCAGGGGUCUGCUCCAGCUAAGCAAGAGGAGGGGGCACUAUUAACGACCUGCUAUAAAACCACCAGACUGACUAUUACACUGUAUACACAUAAAAACACACGUGAAACCACCUUUAGCUUAAGUUUUAGAAAUAUAAAUAAAGUUAUAAUUACUAUUAUUAUUAUUAUUAUUAUUAUUAUUAUUAUUAUUAUUAUUAUUAUUAUUAUUAUUUUCAUUAUUAUUAUCAUCAUUAUUAUCAUUAAUGUUAUUGUAAUUAUUAUUGUUGUUGUUGUUGUUAUGACUGUUCUUAUUUUUUAUUUUUAUUGUUGUUAUUGUAGUUAUUUUGUUGUUGUGAUUGUUGUUGUUAUUAUUAUUAUAAUUAUCAUAAUAAUUAUUAUUAUUAUUAUUGGAAUUAUUAUUAGAAUUAUUAUUACUGAAGUUGCUAUUAUUAAUAUUAUUUAUAUUACUACUGUUGUUGAUGUUGUUAUGGUAAUAAUAAUAACAACAACAACAACAACAACAACAAUAAUAAUAAUAAUAAU